CGGUGGGAUUCAAAGGCUUGGGCUUCCUUUUGCCGUGUCUUGUCCUUUGGCUUCCUGUCUGGCUCCUAGGACCGCAGGAGGUUUGCCUCGCUGUCUUUUUCACUCACCUUUCUUCCCACUGCCUGUGAGCCCAGCGCAUAAGUGACAUGUCAGGAGUCUGGCUUCUGCAGGGCACACAGAGCACAGGGCCAUCAAUCGUGCCUUGACAGUGGGGGCAAUCCAGGUGAGCCACAGAAAGACAGCUAUUUUAAGUCUGACACAAAGCCGAAGCCGCUGUAUACUGGGCUAAAACAAAACAAGAAAAGAGAAAAGGGAGGAAGGCCCCCCUCCAGGGACAGGUCCAAGCUGCAGUUUUGGCAGAAAGUCAGACAGAAUCACUUGGCUUUAUGGGAAGAGGGGACUCGUUAAAGGCCGGGAGUGGUCUGGUUGACAGGUCAAAUUCCUAGAGGUCCAGACAAAGGGGAAUUCCCCACGCUCACACGCUCCUUUUCCAUAGAACUUCAGGGAGUGCCCAGAACAGCCUGGAGUGGAAUGUGGGUGGGUGUAGCAAGAGACUUUCUGAGGCACACCAGGUCAUCUGUGGUGUGUGAGGAGAGAAGCAGCCUCCAGGCCUUGCCCCUAGAGCCAGGCGGUGGUCACCCUCUGUUCUGCUCUGGAGAUGCAACAGAAAGCAGAAUGAAGACCCUGUACUCGUGAGCCUUUCUGCCCAGUGGAGAAGCAAAAUAAAACAGGGCUCAAAGUUCUAUAGACAAAAAUGGCCCAGGGUGGAGCAAGAAUGUGGACUGUGGCGUGUGGGGCCUGAGGGAAGACUGCAGUGUUAGCUGGACACCCAAGAAGGCCUCACAGGAAGUGGCCACCAGACUAGACUCAAACAGCAGCCCUGUGUCAUCUGCAGGCUGAUGUCCAGGAGGAGGGACAGAGAGCCAUUGCUGUAUACUGGAGUGCUCCAGGCCAGGCCACAGGACAGCAGCUACAGGCUGGAGACAUGAGCUACUUAGCCAAGGGGUUAGAAACAGCUUGGGACCAUAUAGCCCCAGGGGAACCCUAGCAUUUAGAUUGGAAGGCCAAAGAGCAUUUUUAUAGUCCUGCUUCCCUUGACCACACUUCAGAGUUUGGAAAGUUUCCCCAACAGCGAAUUCUACUCUUUACGUUUGAGCUACGCUUGUGUCUCUGUGCAAGCAGCAGCCCCAUCACCCACUUCACACACACAAACAUGGAGUAGCCUGGACAUCAAGGGUAGCAACGGGUCAUAUCACUGGUGCAGCACGGGCUGAAGGAUGACUUCUAGUCAAGGUACUUUCCUUUCAAGUUAGAACUGAGGGGGAAAAAAAAGAGGCGACCUUGGGACUUUAGGGACAUGGCUCAGUUAGAAUGCCUGCCAUGCAAGGCAGUGUGCCAGCUAGUUUUAUGUCAGCCUGCCACGAGCUAGAGUUAUUUGGGAAAAGGGAACCCCAAUUGAGGAAUGGCCCCCACCAGAUUCUGUGGGCAAGUCUGUGGGGCAUUUUCUUAAUUGAUGCUUGAUGUGGGAGGACCCAGCUUCCUGUGGGCAGGGCCACCUCUGGCCUGGUGAGCCUGGGUGCUGUAAGAAAACAGGCUGAGAAAAUCAUGGGGAAGCAACCAGUAAGCAGCACCUCUCUAAGACCUCUGCAUCACCUCCAGCCUUCAGGCCCCUACUCUUGAGUUUGUCUUGACUUCCUCCAGGGAUACAUUGUGACCUCACAGCUGUAAGCUAAAAUAAACCUUCCUUCCCAAGUUGCUUUGGGUCACAGUGUUUCCUAAGCAAUAGUAACACUAACUAAUAGUAACACAUGAAGACUUGAGUCUAGAUUCCCCAAACUCAUAAAAAGAAAUGGACAUAGUGGCAACCAUUGCACUAGGGAGGGCAGAGGCUAACAGAUCCCUCAAGCGAGCCUCGCCAGAUCAAUGAAUUCAGUGAGAGAUUCUGUCUCAGACAUGGUGAAGAACUGCUGCCUGUGUCCUGCACUACUCAGCCUGACCCUACCUGCCCUCGAGGGAUGGAGCAAACCCAAGGAGCCUACAUUCAGUCCAGCCCUUCAGUCUCCGAAACCCCAAGGGAAGCGCCGGGUGACACACAGCAAAGAAGAGGGGUAUGUAAAAAUGUUUCUUCGAGGCCGCCCCGUCACCAUGUACAUGCCCAAAGACCAAGUGGAUUCCUACAGUUUGGAAGCGAAAGCUGAAUUGCCAACGAAACGGCUGAAGCUGGAGUGGGUCUACGGGUACCGGGGGCGAGACUGUCGUAAUAACCUGUACCUGCUCCCGACCGGGGAGACGGUGUACUUCAUAGCGUCGGUUGUGGUGCUUUACAACGUGGAGGAACAGCUGCAGAGGCAUUACGCGGGCCACAACGACGACGUCAAGUGCCUAGCGGUCCACCCUGACAGAAUCACCAUAGCAACAGGACAAGUGGCGGGCACAUCUAAAGAUGGAAAGCAACUGCCGCCACACGUGCGUAUCUGGGACUCUGUGACCCUGAACACUCUGCAUGUCAUCGGAAUAGGCUUUUUUGACCGGGCUGUCACCUGCAUCGCAUUCUCAAAAUCCAACGGAGGAAGCCACCUCUGUGCUGUGGAUGACUCCAAUGACCAUGUGUUGUCUGUGUGGGACUGGCAGAGAGAGGAGAGGCUGGCUGACGUGAAGUGUUCGAACGAAGCGGUAUUUGCUGCGGACUUCCACCCCACAGACACCAAUAUCAUAGUCACCUGCGGGAAGUCACAUCUCUACUUUUGGACCCUAGAAGGAAAUUCCCUUAACAAGAAGCAAGGGUUGUUUGAGAAACAAGAGAAGCCAAAGUUUGUCCUUUGCGUGACGUUUUCUGAAAAUGGCGACACCAUUACUGGAGAUUCAAGUGGCAACAUCUUGGUGUGGGGAAAAGGUACAAAUCGAAUAAGCUAUGCAGUUCAAGGGGCCCACGAGGGCGGCAUUUUUGCACUUUGUAUGCUGAGAGAUGGCACGCUGGUGUCCGGAGGAGGGAAGGACCGGCGCCUCAUUUCCUGGAACGGAAACUAUCAAAAACUUCACAAAGCAGAGAUUCCUGAGCAGUUUGGCCCAAUACGGACAGUGGCUGAGGGGAAGGGCAAUGUCAUCUUGAUUGGCACUACUAGAAACUUUGUCCUGCAAGGCACCUUGACCGGGGACUUCACACCCAUCACUCAGGGUCACACUGAUGAGCUCUGGGGGCUGGCCAUCCAUGCCUCCAAACCUCAGUUCUUGACCUGUGGACAUGACAAGCACGCCACUCUCUGGGACGCCGUUGGUCACCGGCCAGUCUGGGACAAAAUCAUAGAGGAUCCAGCUCAGUCCUCUGGUUUUCAUCCUUCAGGGUCUGUGGUUGCAGUCGGGACCCUGACUGGGAGGUGGUUUGUGUUUGACACGGAAACGAAGGACCUGGUCACCGUCCACACGGAUGGGAAUGAGCAGCUCUCCGUGAUGCGGUAUUCUCCAGAUGGGAACUUCCUGGCAAUCGGCUCCCAUGACAACUGCAUCUACAUAUACGGAGUCAGCGACAAUGGAAGGAAGUACACGCGAGUUGGCAAGUGCUCCGGCCAUUCCAGCUUCAUCACCCACUUGGACUGGUCCGUGAACUCACAAUUCCUGGUGUCAAAUUCCGGGGACUACGAGAUCCUCUACUGGGUCCCAUCUGCCUGUAAGCAAGUCGUGAGUGUGGAAACCACACGGGACAUCGAGUGGGCCACCUAUACCUGCACCUUGGGAUUCCAUGUCUUUGGAGUGUGGCCUGAGGGCUCAGAUGGAACAGACAUCAAUGCUGUCUGCCGGGCCCACGAGAAAAAGCUCCUGUCCACAGGCGAUGACUUCGGCAAAGUGCACCUCUUCUCAUACCCAUGCUCACAGUUCAGGGCUCCGAGCCACAUCUACAGUGGACACAGCAGCCACGUCACCAACGUAGACUUCCUCUGUGAAGACAGCCACCUUAUCUCCACGGGUGGGAAAGACACAAGCAUCAUGCAGUGGCGGGUCAUUUAGUCCCCGUGAGAGCCCGAGGAGACAGACUCAUGUUCUACUUGGUCACUGUGAUUUCUGUUUUGUCUACAGACUCUUAACAAACCUCAGGAAAACUGUCCCUCUGCCAGUUACCUUAGUUGGGGAGCCAGCGCGCGUCACACCAGAUAAGCGGCUUUGAGCCCGCUUCUGUCAUAUAGGACAGGAUAGAGUGCAUGUUGGGUAAAGGAAGUUCCCAAGGUUUACACGGCAUCAACAGAAGGGACUGAUGGGUCCUUACAGUCACUUUUCUAUGAACUCUUCAAAAAAAAAAAAUGGCCACAGAAUGCCUUUUAAAAUAUUGUAGAUAGUCCUCACUGCUUCACCGUGUUAAGUCUGAUAUUUAUGAUAACCAAGUACAGAACUGGGUUCGCUGUUGACUAAUUGGUCCUAAAAGGAUAAAUCACAUAACUGAUUUGCCCAGCUGAAUCAGGAAUGCAAAUGCCAGACUUUCCUUGGUCAUGUAACUAAAACCCCAUUAACUCCUCCCUUUGGGAGGGUGGCAAGAAAGGAGGCUGUGUCCCCCCCGGACAAGCAGUUUGUACUACAGAAUCGCUGAGUUUCAGUGGGUGUACUUCUAUGCUCUGGUCAGACUGUCCUGCCUGAGGACACGGCCAGUUUCUUUAGCACCUCCACAAACUGCACCCCGUCUCUGUUCCUGUGCCCCAAUUUGUGGCGAGACAUUUAGCCACCACUCUCCACAUAUUAAUGGCAUGAUACGGUAUUGUCCUCGUAGAGAGUUUAGCAAAGUUAUGAUAAAAUGCCCAAGGCCGGGCCUUGCUGUGUGUGCCCUGGACACUGUACGUUUGUACAGACCAAGCAGGUCAAGUCGGAGAGAGACUGUGUGGAGGCAGCCUGUGGAGUGCAGCGCCUCCGAGGCUCUGGGCAUAAGAAGGUUUCCUUCCCUGACUCUGGUGCACGGACAGCACGCAGCUAACAGGCUGAAACUAUGCUCUGACGAGUAGAACAUAGGUGUCUAAAGGUGUCAGGAAGGCCUUACCUUUGUGUGACAGACGGAAUUGAUUGUUUACAUUGGGGACUGUAUCUCCGAUUUUCAAAUAGAGGAAUCACAGACUUAAGGGCAGACACUGAGAUUUCUUUUUGUAAACUCAUUUAAGCAAGUGAGGAGUUGAGUUAUCUGAACUCUGGAGUACUGGCCAUUUACGGUGAUGAAGGACAGCGCUGAAGACAUUUCCCUUGCCGUCUCCAGCCCGCCGGGAAAAGACAGCGCCAGAAAAUAACGUGACUCGAGAUGAAGCUGUUUUUAAUGUAUCCUUAUCAAAUAUAUUCUAUAAGGAAAUAAAAUCUGAAAGUGGA